GACCCAUAUGUUUACCAUUUAUUGGUAACAUUAGUAUAGCCAUGAAUUGUACUGCAAAAAUAAUUCGCGAUUGGUCUACAAAAUAUGGACCCGUUAUUGGUUUGAAAUUUGGUUUAUUUCCGACUGUAUUUCUAAACGAUUGGCCAUCAAUUAAGACAACAUUAACAAUGAAUUCAUUAGUAGAUAGGCCACCACUUUCAAUAUUUUCAGCUUUUUACGAAAGUAAUUUAGUUGAGAUGAGUGGCCAUCUAUGGCAACAACAGCGAAGAUUUACAUUUUAUCAUUUAUCUAAACGUGGUUUUGGCAAACAUUCAAUGGACAGUCAUAUUGUCGACCAGUGCCGCCGUACAUGUGAACUGAUGAUCGACAAAACAAUCGGUUCGGAAAUCGAUGUCCGACAGCUAUUCGGUGUCAGUUUGGCCAACAAUGUGUCAACUAUUUUGAUUGGCCGACCAUUGGACUAUAGUCCCUAUAAUUCCCGGUUUAUUAAUUAUGUUAUAAAACCCGAUAGAGUACUUUCGUUUACCGAUUUUUGGUCACAAUUCCCGAAUUUAGCAGAUUUUAUGAACAAUUAUCUAAUAUUUUUAUUGCCCGAUAUUUAUAAAAAAUCUGAAUUCAAAUUAGACGAUAUCUAUAAUUUUUUCAGAAAUGAAGUUAAAUUGCAUUUAGAAAMUGAUAUGUAUUUAAAACGUCAAAAUGAUUAUAUCGACGAUUUUUUAAAUGAAAUAAACAAUUGGAAAAAUAAAAAUGAUCAAGAUCAUUCAUUUAAGAUUAACACAUUAGUCAGUAAUUUAGUUGCACUGUUUGGCGGAUCAAUAACCAGUAUAAUGCAGACACUUGAGUGGGCACUGGUAUUGUUGGCCACAUAUCCGGAUAUUCAGUACAGACUUCAUCGGGAAAUCGAUGCCAAUGUWUCMGAUAUUCAAUUGCUUAGCUWUGACUAUAAAAAUCAGAUGCCAUUCACAAUGGCUUUUAUYUAUGAAGUUAUGAGAUUUCGGUCACUWUCRCCRAUCAAUCAAUCGAGAUGGACAACUGCUGAUAUUGUAGUAAAUGGUCARAAAAUACCGAAAAAUACACAAAUAUUUGCAAACCUAUGGGCUGUGGAUAACGAUCCAAAUCUAUGGGACAAACCGCACGAGUUUAGACCCGAAAGGUUUCUCACGGAUAACGGGACGACUGUAACAGUACCGGAAUAUUUUACACCGUUUUCUAUUGGUAAAAGGGUGUGUCCGGGUGAGGUGUUUGCUAUGAGAGAACAAUUUCUAUAUGUAGUCAUACUAUUACACAGAUAUCAUAUCAAACCGACACAAAAUACCGACACAACACUUGAMUAYGAAUUCAAAAUAUCAGUUACACCUAAACGUGAACCAGUAGUUUGUUUUAUSAAUAGAGUCUAA